AUGCUGGGUUUCUGGGAUUUCAAAAUGCCCAAAUUCCAUGUGGGAUUAAUUGAUAUUUUGAGAUAUCUAACUGGUUUGAGCAAUACCCACGACCAUUCACCAGAUUCGAUUCAUGUUCUGUGUUUUGCAACGCUGUUUAUAUCGUGUGCAAAUUUACUGUUUCUGGCGGCGCUUUCUGUGGCAGGAAUUGCAAUAUGUCUGGUAAUUUUAGCCCCUGUUUUGAUCCUGCUCACUCCCAUAUUGAUACCCCUGGGAAUGGUGCUAUUUCUGACAAUUGGGGGUCUCAUUUUUGCUGGUGUUUCUGGACUGGUAGUAAUUUUGAGCGUUCGAUGGCUUUAUAACUAUUUGAAUAGCGGGAAUUCUAGUUCUGUUAAGAUAUAUUAUGUGAAUGACAGGCACCCUUCUGGUUCUGAUGAGACAGAUAAUAAGCCUGCUGUUAUUAUUCAUACUUCAUUGCCUGUGGAAGUUUGUUGA